CGACACGCCCAGUUGUGCUGCCUGUGUCAAACCUUUUAUUUUGGUAAUAGCACAUGGCACUCUGAGCUCUUCCCACUGAUUCCAAAUGCGCGUGCAGCCACAGGUGGUGUUCUUACGUGCCACCACCUUAACGCAUCUGAGACACCAGCAGAGAGACGGAGACAAGGGACUACCAGCGCUUCACCAGUGCUCCAAACACGCUGCGCUCUGCUUCAUUUGCGCGCAUUCUGGACGCUGUUGUUGUUUCAGCCAGAGUUGAAGUGGGACCAGUGUUGCCUGCUGGGUGUGUGCUCGGUGUAUCGUCGAGGAGCGCGCGGACGUUUAACAGGUGGAGAAGAGGGCACCUGAAAUCACUGCACUCCCCUUGGGUUUUGACAAGUGUGCUGACCUGAUCACUCAAUGGCGCUGACGGUGAACAUUAUCGGUCCUUCACCAUGGGGCUUCAGAAUAUUUGGAGGAAGGGACUUCAAGAAGGCCAUAACUGUAUCAAAGGUCAACGGGGGCAGCAAGGCACAGCAGGCUGAUCUGCAACCUGGUGACAUUAUAUUGGAGAUCAAUGGGGAAAACACAGCAGACAUGCUGAACGUGGAGGCCCAGAACAAGAUCAAGAACUCAAAGACUCAGCUGCAGCUUGCAGUGGAGAGACCUGAACCUCCUAGUCCUGGACAGACCAACGGCAUCAGCACCCCUGAGCAGCUCACCGGACGCUUCCAGGAGGCAGUGAUUGUGAGUAGAGAUGAGAAUCAGAACUACAAAGAGUACACCAUUUCCAGCCCUGCAUCGCUGUCCCCUGGACCUUAUUCUUCAGAUCCUUUUUCUACACCAAAUGGGAAGAGGGAGAGGCUGACACCGACCACUAACAAGGGUGUCCAGCUGCGUCCAUGGUCUCCAGAGGAGAAGAGCCAUAGGCUGUCCAGACCGCUGUCACAGGAGUUCUCCCCUUCAGACUACAGGAAUAAUUCAGUGUCCAGCAGAACCCCGACCCCACCAGGACGCUACUCGCCCCAUAGCCCCGUUGAUCGGGACGUACCCAUGUCCCCUCGUCGCAGUUCGAGCUCUGACUUUGCCAUGCAGAAGUUCGACAGGGACUCGGAGGUGUACAAGAUGAUUCAGGAGAAUAAGGAGUCCCGCACGGCGCCUCGUCAGUCCAACACCUUUAAAAUGCUGCAAGAGGUCUUGGAGGCUGACGAGAAAGAGGCAGCGCUGCAGUUCCCAGGGAAACUUUCGCCCAACGUCCCCAAAGAAAGCACAUCAGUGGGAGGAGCAAAGAAAAACCACACCUGCGAGAAAUGUGGCACCAGCAUUGUCACACUGGCCGUGCGCAUUGCAGACGACCGCUUCCGCCAUUCAGAGUGCUACACUUGCACAGAUUGCAGUCUUAACCUCAAGAUGCGAGGUCACUUUUGCGUCGGAGAUCUGAUGUACUGUGAGAAGCAUGCCAAACAGAGGUACCAAGGCCUAGGAGGUUCCCCUCAAGCCACCGUGUCCCCGCGCCAAUGAGUGCCAUUCCACACCUGCCUCGCUCUGGACAUAGAGUGCUGCUUGUCCUUCUGAAGAUCCACACCUUGUAACUCGAUUAUAGACCUUGGGAUGGGGCGUGGAGAUGGACACUAGUCUACGAAAUGGCAGAGGAUGUUUUUUUAAAAAAAAUCACAUUUAACCAUACUUUGCAAUAUUAUGAUUAACUUUCUUGCCUUUCUUAUGAGCAUUGGGGCUUUGUUUUUCAUACGACCCGUCCUCCGCGGUCUCUUUAGAUUAUUCUUAGCUCGAAUGCUGCACAGCUGCCAUGGACUCAAGCCACAUCCCAUUGUGCUAAGGCCAGAUUUACAUAACACCAACGCUUUAGACCUGAGGAUCUGGAUAAUCCUUUGAAUUGCCUGCUGACAAAGGGACCAAAAUCUCACCUACACUGCAUACCAUUUGCAAAAUGUACUGCACACAAAAGGUGCUGUGUGUAUGGAUGCAUGCUUUCACAUGCAGAAGUGUGGUGGUUUAUGUGUGUGUGUGUGUGUGGGGUCCUAGUUAUUACAGAUGCAAUGGAGUUUGUGAAUUUUGCGCUAGAGUCAGGCCAAAAGCCCUUGAGUUUUUCUAUUUCUUUUUUAAGCAGAAUUUAAUAGAAAAAUACUUAUUUUCUGACUUGUUUUGUUGCUUAUGAGGGGACUUAAGAUGAAUUGAAUAUAUACAAAUAUUUUUGAUGUUUUUUGUGAUUGAACUGUAUUCUAUAACCAUUUAAAAUUCAUAAUGUAUGCACAGGACAUUUAGUGUGAAAAUAAUUGAUACUCCACCUGUCCAGUUACAGCAGUAUUCGGAGAUAAACUAUAAUGUUCGCAUUACUUGUGGCACUUAAUAAAAUCGCACAAC